AUGACAGAUUAUCCUGGUUAUAUUUAUGCUGCCAUUAUCUCGUUGGGAGGAAUUGUUGGUUACGUAAAAGCAGGAAGUAUACCUUCUUUGAUUUUUGGAUUAACUUUUGGCGGGUUUGCGGCAUAUGGUGCAAAUCGAUACAGUGCCAAUCCAAAAAAUGUUGGUACAGCUUUACGUGCGUAG